GUGGCGGGGGCGGGGGCUGGGCUGGGGCUGGGGCUGGGCUGUAGGAGCGACGCUGGGCCGGGCCUGCGAUUGAUAAGUCUGCAGCACAAACGCUGCCACUGUGGGAACCAGAGUUUGGGAUUGGCUGAAUCAAUGGUGCUGCAAGGUGACUGAAAGCCCUGCCAUUCUUUAACUCUGUCCCAGAUCUGUCUGAUCUUGGCAAGCAAAUACUGUUAAUCAGAAUGACAAUCCCUUCUACCUACAAUCCAAUCUGAAUUCCCACGCCUAUGGCCUACACAUCUAUGGGAUACUUUGCUGUUGAGAGAAAAACUUCCUGGUCUACACUUCUGCCUUGAGAGGGGCCACGUUGCCAUCGCCUUGCUGUGGUACUCAGCACCCAGCGAGCGCUCCAUUUAUAAAUCAAGCUGCAGAAUGAGCAUCGCAAUCAUUUUCAACGCUCUGCUUGUGUCCAUCCUGGCUGCAGUACUGUGGAAGUAUGUCAAGUUGUGGGAGCAUGCCACUUCACUAGAGGAAGAAUUGUUGCUCUCCCAGCAAACCCAAGAGUUGUCCCAAGUGAAGAUUGACUACCAUGCUGCCCUGCAAGCUCUUACGGAAAAUGGCACUAGAAUGGUUUGCACAGGGAAAAUGCAUACUGAGCGGAUCUGUCGGUUUGAGUCACUCUGCUAUACCACUGAGGCGGAAGAGUUUGUCUUCUUCCAUGGCAAUGCCUCUGUAAUGCUGCCAAACCUGGGCUCGCGACGGUUCCAGCCCGCUCUGUUAGACCUGACUUCAGUCGAAGAUCACACUGCACAAUACUUCAAUUUUGUGGAAUUGCCUGUUGCUGCACUUAAGUUCAUGCAUAAGCCAGUCUUUGUGCCGGAUGUUGCACUGAUCAUGAAUCGUUUCAAUCCAGACAACCUUAUGCACAUCUUUCACGAUGAUCUGCUCCCAAUCUACUACACAAUGCAGCAGUUCCCAGACUUGAAUGAAGAUUCUCGAUUGGUCUUCAUGGAAGGGUGGAAUGAAGGGUUGCACUUUGAGCUGUACAAAUUAUUUAGCAACAAACAACCUCUUCUGAAGGAACAAUUGAAAAGUCUUGGAAGUUUGCUUUGCUUUACAAAGUCUUACGUUGGGUUGUCAAAAAUGACAACUUGGUAUCAAUAUGGUUUCAUCCAACCUCAGGGACCAAAAGCAAAUAUUUUAGUAUCUGGAAAUGAAAUUAGGCAAUUCACACAAUCACUUGUGGAAAAGUUAAACAUUACUGCAGGCUCCAGUGGCGAAGAGUAUAUUGUGCUAUUCAGUCGCUCAAUCAACAGGUUGAUUUUGAAUGAAGCAGAAUUAAUCCUAGGUCUAGCGCAGGAGUUUCAGAUGAGGACUGUUGCAGUGUCUUUAGAUGAUUAUUCCUUUGGAGAUCUUGUUAGGCUGAUCAGCAGGGCCUCAAUGUUGGUCAGCAUGCAUGGAUCGCAACUGGUGAUGGCACUGUUUCUGCCCCGGGGUGGUGUGGUUGUUGAACUCUUCCCUUAUGGAGUGAACCCAGAACAUUACACACCCUAUAAAACGUUGGCAUCUCUCCCGAGCAUGGACCUUCAGUAUGUUGCCUGGCAGAAUACUAAGGAAGAGAAUACUGUUACCUAUCCCGACAGGCCCUGGGAACAAGGUGGAAUUGCUCACCUUGAAAAGGCUGAGCAAGAACGCAUAAUGAAGAGCAAAGAGGUUCCUCGUCACUUGUGCUGCCGAAAUGCCGAAUGGCUCUUCCGUAUUUAUCAGGACACCCUGGUAGAUAUUCCAUCUAUGAUGACCGCAAUUCAUCAGUCGGUGAUUUCCAAACCACCUCUCGGGAAGCUUAAAGCAAGAAGUAUAAUACAUCCUGGGAAAGUGAGAGAAUCCAUGUGUCAAGCGUCUGUCCAGAGCGCCAGUGAGGCAAAGUUGUCGAUUUCAUGGCAAGUACCUUGGAAUCUGAAGUACCUCAAAGUAAAGGAUGUGAAGUAUGAGGUUUGGAUCCAGGAACAAGGUGAGAACACAUACAUGCCCUACAUCUUGCCUCACCAGAACUACACAUUUGUAGAAAACAUUAAACCAUUUACAACUUAUUUGGUUUGGAUAAGGUGCAUCUUUAAUAAAAACCUCCUCGGUCCAUUUGCAGAGACGCUGACUUGUAACACAUAAGGCAAGAUUGCUGGGUGGGCAAAGAAGAAACAUCCUGUACUUCACUAUGUUGUGUGGCUCAAAAGUGUGUAAUUCAAUAUUCUGUUAGCCCUGUAGUUGAAAAAGUGUGUAAUGAAUACAGAACUGAUCUUAAAUAACGAGUUAUUUUGGGGCUUUAAGCACAGUUGUGAUCUGAUGCAUGAAACGCAGUUCAAAUGGCAACUGAUCUGAUUGAAAUGAAAUCCGCUCUGGUUGUGAUGGCUCGCACUAAAGCUUAGUAUUAAGCAUUUUGACUGGCUUUUAGUAAAUGUUGGAAAUGACUCUAAGGCAUCCCAAAUUAGAAGUUUGGUGUUGAUGGUUCAACUGUGAACAUUAAUGGUGCCACUGCAUCUUGUAUUAUGUGAUCCUGUGGAAUUGUGAGUGUUUAAAACCUCAUAAAGAAGCCACUGCUGGAGUUUGGAAAUAUAUCAGUUACCCUGUUCUUGUGAAUGACAUCUAUGUAUUACGCACCAAUUGAGCAAAGUGGGAAAAUAACAGCUAAAGGUUGAUCAAGAAUCACGAGGCAGAGCUGUUGAGAGUAUCGAGCAUGGUUCAUGUGAUCCAAGACACGGGCAAUAAAGCAUAUGUGUCAGUGUGGAGAUUAUGUAAAGUGAACCUGGUGGUUGUAAUAUUUUGUGCUUUUGUGAAACUUGUUUUGAUCCAACAGCAAUUCUCAUUGUAACAACUUGUUCUCUCCAAUUGCAAACAACUUCAUUCCUGACUGGUGGAAACAAUCAGUGGCCUGUGAAACUGUGACCACCUAAUCCGAACCCACCUUCAGAUGCUAGGAAAGUACCCUCUUCACCCUUUCUGGUCCUAAUCUUCAUAGAUUCAUUGUUCCACAAAAUACAAGUGUUCCGUGGAACACAAGAUAGACACAUGACUGUUGCCAUCAGUUUUCCAUUGAACAUUUAAAAAAAAAAAACCUCUUGGUUCUGAAAUUCUGUUAGUGUCUUUAAAAAAAAAAAUAAAAAAAAAAAAAAAAAUCCGUUUUCAAACUACAAUCUUUUAAUCUUCUUUCAAAUUACUGCAGCUUUUCGGAAAAAUGCAUGCAACUGAACACGGGACAUUGACGUGUAUGAAGAUAAACAUUUUGUCCAGGAGCAGAGACCACAGAGGUAGAAUGAGAAAGAUUCAUGGAAGUCACUUUGUAGAAAGCAGGAAGCCGCCUUCAAAUUGUUCCUGAAGCAGGGUUUCAAUCCGAAACAUGGAUUUGCACCCUCUGUCCCCAAAGGGUUCCUCGAGCAUUCUGUUUAAAUUCAAGAUGUAAUCUUCAUUGGCUGUAUCUCCAAACCAACAGAAUUUACCAACACCACAACUAAAUAUAAUUGUAAAAUCUUCACUUCUAUGGUAUAUCCUUGCUCCACAUGAACAAUUAUGUGUUUAAUCUGAGUGGAUUAGGUGCAAAUCUGGAUCUGACAUGUAUAUCCCCUUAGUCUGGUAUCUGCAUUGGAAACCACAGAGCAGAUGGUAAGGGUUUUUUAUUAAAUCCCCAAGAUGGGUAAAAAUACCACGUCUAUUGCUGGAACAUCUAUUAAUGAAAGCCUAUGAUCCUAUGUGGUUUAAAAUGUUUCAUUGGCAAGCCAUUCAGCACAUCAACAGUCAUCACAACGUGACCUCCAACAGAAUAGUCUUCAAUAGGCUAAUUGAUCUUGUGGGGAAAAAAAUGUUUGGAUACCAACAGAAAUUUUCUGGUUUCCAGAGACUUGGCAGGUGACAAAGUGAGUUGCAUGGAUUUCAUUUAUUAUGACAAAUUUAGAAUCGGCAUAUUUUCUUUCUUAUGAGGAAACUUGAAGAUAAAUUAUUUACCUUAAACAGGAGAAUGGGAAUUCUGCAGCUGGCGACUCCCUUUCUGGCUUCCCAAAAAUUUUCCAACAUCUGCAAAGCACAGGUUCGGAUUGUAUUGAAAUAUUCUCCAUUUAUCUAGAUGUCCAUCGGCACACACGAACCAUUCAGGACAAGGCUACCUAUUUGACAAGCUUGAACAUUCACACCCUCAUCUACAAACUGAGACAUUGACAGCACUUCUUAAAUCUGUGACCUCCACUGCUUUGAAAGACAAAUGUAGCAGGUGCAUGGGAGCACCAUAGCUUGCAGACCCCCCUCUAAGUUGCAUACCAUUCCAACUUGGAAAUAUACCACCAUUCUAUUAUCACUGGAUCUAAUCCCUAGUUGAGUUAAUGACAUAUGUUUAAAAUAUGAUAACUGCAAUCAAUAUUGGAUCCAUGAGUUAACCUGAUGCAAGAUGAAAUUCACAUCUUAUCUACAUUCAUUGCUGCCCAGUCUUAAUGCUGAUCAUUCCUGGUGUCAAUGCAAUAGGGACUUCAUGGAUCACAGGAAAUCAUCACCUUUGCGAUGAUGUUAUUGAUCUUACCAGAAAUUGAAUUUAAAUAUUGAAUGUGUAUUGUUGUAAUUGUCCUGCAGUCCAAUACUCAAGGAAAGGAAUUUUAACCCUCAAUUGCUUGCUUGAAAUUACUGUACUAUUUCAGUGUGUGUUGAUAUGAUGUUCAAUAGAUAAUAGGUGCAGGAGUAGGCCAUUCGGCCCUCCGAGCCAGCACCGCCAUUCAAUGUGAUCAUGGCCGAUCAUCCACAAUCAGUACCCCGUUCCUGCCU